AUGUUGAGGAUACGUCCCGUCCAUCUGCAAUCUUGCUGGCGUUCGACUUUGGCACGAACAUAUAGUGUGGUCAGUCCGAAAUAUCCCCCCACGAUUGAAAUUCUAGGCGAAUACCACCCAACGGAUGAAGUCACAAACAUCACGCCUGCCAUCAUCUCGAAAAUACCUCUCCGCCUGCACAAGCACCCCGCACACCCGCUUUGCACUCUUCGUUCUUUGAUAGAAUCACAUUACCCCGAUUUUUCCUCCAUAACACCACCUUCACCCCUCGUCACACCCUUCAAGAACUUUGAUGAACUAUCCUUCCCAAAAGACCAUCCGGGGCGCACUGUCACGGACAGUUAUUACAUCAACAAGGAUCUCAUGCUCCGAACACACACUUCUGCUCACGAAGUAGAAGUCUUUCGAGACCAACAGACCAAGUGGCUCUUGACUGCGGACGUGUAUCGACGCGACGAAAUAGACGGAUCCCAUUAUCCUGUGUUUCACCAGAUGGAAGGAGCAAGACUAUUCGAUGCAAACCUUUCUGGCAUGAAGGAAGUUGAAGAAGACAGUGAAAGACUGGAACAACGUUUGUUACGGUCGAAUAUCAUCAUUCAAGACAUUCCGCACAUCUCCCCGACAAAUCCUGUCCAACCAGAACAUGACCCGGUUUACGCUGAAGCUAUGACGCGGAAUUUGAAAUUGUCUUUGAAUAGCUUGAUACUCAAGUUAUUUGGGGCACAACAACAACAGGAGCCAUUGAGGGUGAGGUGGAUAGAGGCUUAUUUUCCCUUCACAAGCCCGAGCUUCGAGGUGGAGGUGUUCUUUGGAGGGAAGUGGUUAGAACUUUUGGGCUGUGGGGUCGUCGUGCAGUCGACACUGGAUGCUUCUGGUGUACAAAAUAAAAUUGGAUGGGCCUUUGGACUAGGACUGGAACGUAUUGCAAUGGUAUUAUAUUCGAUCCCAGAUAUCAGAUUGUUCUGGUCAGCAGAUCCGCGCUUCAUGUCCCAGUUCAAACCCGGCGAAAUCACGCCGUUCAAGACGUACUCUAAAUAUCCAUCGUGUUUUAAGGAUGUUAGUUUCUGGACUGCACAUGGUACAGAACUACAUGAAAAUGACUUUUGUGAUCUUGUACGUGACGUUGCCGGAGAUCUUGUGGAAGAUGUCAAAAGAAUUGAUCGCUUUGUUCAUCCCAAAACUCAACGCACCAGCCUUUGUUACCGUAUAAAUUAUCGGUCUAUGGAUAGAUCGCUGUCCAACGAGGAGGCUAACGUGGUGCAACAGCAAGUAAUAUCUCGCCUGCAAAACGAUUUCGGAGUAGAGAUUCGUUAA